UGACUACCACAUUCUGAACAUCAACAUCACGUGUGGCCUGAAGAAAAACAUGGAUAUUUACAGUUUUUUCAAAGAAUUCUUUAAGUUGAGGCAGUGAGUUAGAAACAACUUCCUUAUUUGCUUUCAGUGUGUAAAGCCUCUUGAGUGUGUUCAAUUUGUUCGAUAAAUCCAAGCAAAAUGGAUUCCAUAGCCAAACAUGGACUGGUGCUUCUCCAACAGCUGAGUAAGAUGAGGGAGGUCGAGCACCUGACAGAUGUGGUGCUGGUCGCAGAGGGCAUCAGCUUCCCCUGCCACAGAGUCAUCCUCUCUGCCUUCAGUCCGUACUUCCGUGUGAUGUUCACCUGUGGUUUGCGCGAGUGCUGCAACAGAGAAAUAUUUCUGCGUGACACCCCAGCGGACAGCCUGGCCCUCCUCCUGAACUAUAUGUAUACCUCAGACCUUGCUCUCACUAACACCAAUGUUCAGGGCAUCUCCAUUGCAGCGUUCCUCUUGCAGAUGGAUGACGUSUUCACGCUCUGUCAGCAGCACAUGACUGAGAACAUGGAUGCUUCUAAUUGUCUCGGUGUGUAUUAUUUUGCCCGUGACCUUGGUGCAGAGGAACUGGCUGACCACGCUCAGCGCUUCCUGAAGCAGCACUUUGUCCAAGUCUGCCAGAGUGAGGAAAUCCUAGACCUAGAGGCCCAUCAGCUUGGAAAGCUCCUAAGUUCUGAUGAUCUCAAUGUAACGCGAGAAGAAACUAUCUUAGACGUGGUUYUUCACUGGGUCAAACACAACACUAUGAUGGAUGGAGAAGUACGUGUUCGACAUCUUCCAGAGCUCAUGAGGAAGGUCCGUCUGCCUCUGAUAAACCCUGACUACUUAAGAGAGGCAAUGAAGAGAAACACAGAGCUGCUGGCUGAWGCGGAAUGUCUGGAGAUGCUGAAUGAAGCUCUGGAGGUGCAAGCAAUGCAUCCCUCUGCUGCGCCACGCAAACUUAAGCUGCGCUAUGGAAUGGAAAGCACAGAUCUGCUGCUCUGUAUUGGUAAUGACGGUGGAGGAAUCAGGUCAAGGUAUGGAAACUUUGCAGAGCGCAGCUUCUGUUACUCCCCAACCACAGGCCGGACCUACUACAUCACUUCUCCUCGCUAUGGAGAGGCUCUGGGGUAUGUGUGUGCUGGAGUUGUGACUGAAAAUAAUGACAUUGUUGCAGCAGGAGAGUUAAGUCCGCGUAGAAUGGCCCGACAGAAAGACCUAAACGUAGAGAUUUACAGGUAUAAAGUGGAAGCUCAAGGCAGUUGGGAGCACCUGACAUCAGCAGAGUAUCGUGACUCUUAUGCUCUGGGAUCGCUGGGUGAUACUCUAUACCUCUUGGGYGGACAGAUGAAGCUGAAGAACCAGUUUCUCAUCACAAACUGUGUGGAGCGAUGGUCUCUGCAAGGUGGACCSUGGCGAAGUGCAGCACCCCUCCCUCUGCCUCUGGCCUACCACAGUGUGGUCAGGAUGAAAGACCRCCUUUACGUGUUAGGUGGUCGCACCCCACAGUCAUACCGCAUGGAUGAUGAGCCUGACCGUCUUAGUAACCGCCUUUUGGAGUAUGAUCCAAACACAAACAAAUGGACGGAGCUUGGUCCCAUGAGGUACUCAAAGUACCGCUGUAGUGCUGUGGUGCUCAACGGGGAGAUUUAUGUGMUAGGGGGUAUUGGAUGCGAGGGUCUGGACCGUGGACAAUCACGCCAUUGUUUGAAUGCUGUGGAAAUCUACAACCCAGAUGGUGAUUUCUGGAGGGAUGGACCUCCUCUCCCGUGUCCCCAGCUCUCACUGCGUACCAAUGCACCCAAUGCAGGAGUGGUGGGAGGAAAGAUUUAUGUUUGUGGAUACUACAAGGGUGCAGAUCGUCAUGAUGAUAUAACAAAGGACAUUCUGGAGCUGGACCCAUGGGAUCACCGGUGGACAGUGGUGGCUCGGCACGUACUGAUGCAUGACAACUAUGACGUCUGCUUAGUGGCAAAUCUCAACCCAAGGGGACUCAUGUCCCCACCAACAGACUUAGUCAAACUGUGAUGCACAGCUGCCAGUCCAAYCAAAGUAUGUGUGGGAAGAUCAGUGAGGGAAAUUAAUUAUUAAUGCACUUAUUGCUGGGUCAAAAGAAUUCACUUUUUUUCAGGCAKAAAAAUGUCUUAGUGCUCUGCAUUGAAGAGAGUAUGUGCUGAAUGGCCUAAUUGCACAUUGCUAGGCAGAAAAGUACUUUGUAAAUAUAGAUUUUUUUGUGCAUGUGUGUGUGCACACCAUCUGCAAAAAGAAUAUUCUGAAACCUGCAACUAAGCAAUUAUUUGGAAAGGAUCGUUAAUAGAUCUAUUAAAUGUAUUCAAGCUUAAAUUUGUCUUUUUGAAUUUGAAACAGGAUAUGGCUACAAUUAAACCUAUAACUUGGAUUUGGACUUUUACACAAUAACUCCUCUAAAAACUUUUUGAUAGCUGCACAAAAUGGUGUCAGUUCAUAAAAAUCUGAAAAACAUAAAAGCAUAUAUGUUAAAGAAGAAAGAGUCUUAAAGAGRUCUAAAUGAGAUAUUUACUGUUUAACUAUUAGAUAACUAAUGACUGGUAGUUAAUAAAUUAUUUCUUGUACGUUUGCUGAGGACGAAAAAAAUGUGUGUUUGGAUUUGGAAAUGAAGAUACACUUUGUCAGGGUCAUGGAUGUUGCAGCGUAAUUACUAUUUUUACAAGCAAUAUUUCACAUGCCAUUACUAUUUGCAUUCAGUAUAUAUUUAAAAAUAUUUAAGUUGUUAGGUGUUUUGGGGGAAAAAAAAGCCCAGUCCUGAAGGCCUCAAGUUACACAAAGAUGUGUUAAUAGUAUUUAAUCAAACAAAUAAAAGGAAUGGAUUAUGAAAACUAACAAAAAAGCAAAGUAAAGGUUGUUUAACAGUGGCAAAAAAAAUUAAAAAUGUAUAGGAUUGCAAGUAAAUUAUUUGUAAAAUGAUUUGUGUUUUUUACUUAUGAAUUCAAACUUGAUUCACAGAAUUUACUCAUUUAUUUUAUUUAACACAAAGAAAUUAGACAUUUCUGUUUAUUUUUAAUCCCAAACCAUGAAUAAAAAUUAAGAAUAAAUAUAUUUUAGUAAGCAACGUCUGUAUGUGUUUAAUUACAUUACAGUAUUUAAAUGUAGGAAAAACAAUGAACACAGCCUGAAAAAUGAAGUUAGUUAUGGUAAGGCUUAGUGGAAGUGACACAUGCCUUAACUUUCUUGUAUCCUGUAACUCUUACACCUUGUCAACGCUCUUCUAUAGUAAAGAUAAUAAAUUAUAYGUACAAACAAGUUUUCGUGCUUUAUAUUUUUAAAAGUAAAAUGUCAGUCACAGUACGUUAAUAUUAAAUAUAGCUGUAUGUUAACAUUUUUGGUUCUUACUCACCUAAGCUCUAAACAGAGCAAAAUAAAURCAAGACUUUUCUGCUACUUUCCCUCUUCCUCUAAAACAARUCGAAAAAAACCUGCCCRACGUCUUCAUCUUCCGCUGGGGUUGCCACCUUCGACUCAGCUGUCAGUUUUUCAAAGACGGGUUCGAGKGCGAUGCAGUCAGAGCUGUUGCUGUCCUGAGACCAGCAGCUCAGAGGGGUGAUGAUGAAACAUCCUGCAGCUCCACUGGCUUUUCUCUCGCYGUUCACUGGCACCAGGUUGUUGGAGCGGAGGGUGUCCUGGCCGGCUGGUAUGUUUUGAUCAYGACGCUCCUGAAGAGGUUUGGAAACUGUCUUCAAUUUGACGCACUUUUUGGCAGUUUGACUGUUUUCAUCUGCGACGGAGGGCUUAUUCUUCUUUGGAGGUACCAGGGAUCUCUUUUUGCGAUUGUGGCCUCCCAGAGGAAAUCUUCUCUUUCCAAACAGAGGCCUGUGAACCUGAGGAGAAGUUUCACCCUGGUGUUCUUCAAGAUUCAGUGAUGCACGUGUAAGCUGACUGUCUUCAAGCUGGUUGUCCUGCAGCUUGUUGGACACUGAUUGCUCCAGUAUUGGUGAUGUCUGAAUGGCACUGUCCAACACCGGCUCAGAGCUGGGUUUGGCUGAAUAUUUCGAAACUAAAGAGUUAAGCAGCUUCAGAAUCUGUUCAAGCAUUUGUUUUUCUUCUUUAUGCUCCUCUCUCAAACACUCCAGACUAUUCUUUAAGCUCUGCAGGUGUGACUCAAGCUGUGCUGUG